AUCAAGUGCGGCAUAUUUUCCUCUCUCACAAGCCGUACAGUCCAACAUGUAUGCGCUACUUGUAAUCCUCGCAACUACUGCUUUUCUUGUCACAUACUUGGUCCUUAUUCCCGUUGUCGACUAUUUUCGCGACCCCAAAGGCCUACGGCGGUAUCCCUGCCUUCAUCCUCUCGCUGGCAUCACGAAUCUUGUCUUCGUCCGAGAGGCACUGAAAGGGUUUCGGUCCAAGACACUGUUCGAAAUACACAAGCUCCACCCUGUCAUUCGCACGGGGCCGAAUUCGCUCUCAUACGGCACCGUCGGCGCCAUCAAGGACAUCUACGGCCAUGGAACGAAAUGCCUGAAGGGCGAGUUAUACGAGACCCUGUCCGGGACCCAUUUCCAUCUCGCCGACGUGGUGGACAGGGCCGAGCAUGCCCGCAAGCGCAAGAUCCUCUCCGCCGCAUACGCGCUCAAGAAUCUCGAGAACUGGGAAUACAAGGUGGCAGACAAGACGGAGCGAUUCAUCCGCGCUGCCGACCGCGCCUGUAUUAAACCACCCCCCCUUGACGGCUCUGCCGGUCCGGACUCGGCCGACCCGACAACAACCUUCGACUACCGAGCCUGGACCAAUUUCUUCACGCUGGACGCCAUCGCAGACAUUGGCCUCAGUGAGCGCCUCGGCUUCCUGGACCAGGGGCACGAUCUGGCCGAGGCCGAGCGAAUGGACGGCACCGUGUACAAAGCCAACCACCGCGCCUGCCUGCACGCGACUGCAAAGGCCCAGUCGGUGAUUGUGUGGACCGGGGAGUGGUACAACUUCAACAAGAGGCUGAGUAGCCUGCUGUCGCCGACCUUCCGGCGCUUCUGGGACCUCAACAACGGCUGGAACGACCUCGUCUACCGCCGCGCUACUAACCGCCUCCGGCGCUACGAGGCUGGCGAGAAGCUGUCCGACUUCUUCCAGUGCCUGAUGGAGGACCGCGACGGCAACCCGCACGGCCUGGAAUGGGGCGAGAUCGUGGCCGAGGUGUCUAUCAUGAUGAACGCCGGCUCUGACACGACGGCCAUCGCCAUGAACAACGUCAUGUAUUGGCUCCUCAAGAACCCGACGUGCAUGGCCCGCCUGCGCGCCGAGGUCGAUGCCGCCCUGGACCCCGCCGAGACCGUCGCCCCCUACGACAAGGUCAAGCACCUGCCGUACCUGCGGGCCUGCCUGGACGAGUCGCUGCGCGUGUCGCCGCCGACGACGUUUGGGCUGCCGCGGAAGACGCCGCCCGAGGGGGCCGUGAUCCUGGGGGACUUCAUCCCGGGGAAUACGACCGUGUCCAUAUCGGCGUACGUGGCGCACCGGGAUCCCGCCGUGUUUGACGACGCCGAGGCGUACGUGCCCGAGAGGUGGCUGGGCGACAAGGGGAAGGACCUCCAGCCGUACUUUAUCAGCUUCAGCGCGGGGGCGAGGGGGUGCAUUGGACGGAAUAUAAGCUAUCUGGAGCAAACUGUUCUUCUGGCCAGCGUGGUGCAUAGGUAUGAGUUUGCACUACCAUAUCCGGAGUGGGAGCAGGAGAGAUAUGAGGCUUUGAAUCUCAUGCCGGGUCCGAUGCCUCUGAAGGUGUGGAGGAGGAACCUUGGUUAG